AUGGAGAUAGAUUUAUGUAGUCCUCUCUUUCUAAAGAACAAAUCCAAGGUAUCGAUUGUUAUUUACACAUACGCUGUCUAUCGAGCCGUACACCUGCAAUUAGUGAUUAAUUUGCCAACAGAAGGUUUCAUCCAUGCCCUCGGGAGAUGUAUAGCGAGAACGGGAAGAAUUUCAGCAAUCUACAGCGACAACGGAACUAACUUCCGGAGUUCCAACAACCUUUUGAAAUCUUUAAAUUGGAGUCAAACAGAAAUUUCUGAAGACCUAGCUCUCAUUAAAUGGAAGUUCAUUCCUCCAUCAGCCGCGUGGUGGGAUGGAUGGUGGAAGCGGCUCAUUCGCAGUGUAAAAAAUCUUCUUCUAAGAACAUUUGGUAGAUCAUCGCUCAAUGCUGAAGACCUUUCAAAGAUAUUACGUGAAGUUGAAGCUAUUAUGAAUAAUCGACCGCUUACAUACACUUCAGAAGAGUCUGAUAAAUUUAUUCCUUUGACUCCAUCAUCUUUUAUUCAAGACAUCCAAGAAAUUGGGAUACCUGAUUGA